UUUUUUAAAAAAUGAUAACCCUUUCGAACUAAUAAAAAUAAAUUCGAAAAAGUAUUUUAAGAAAUUGUUUUGAUUUACCAAUGAAUUCUUAAUUACAUAAAUAAAAAAGAUAAUCUUCUUUAAAAUAAAAAAAUUAAUAAAAUUAAAAAAUAUUUUUAAUAUAUAGGAUGACAGUUAGAAAUGUAGAAUUUUAUAAAAAAUAUUAGAUAGUGAUUGCUUUUGUAUUUUUAUUACUUUAAUUACAAUUUAUGCUUUGUUUGGAGAUGAUAUAAGAAUUCUUGCAACAAAUUAAAAUGCAGAUGAUUUUUUCGAUGGAUUUAAUAUUUUAACUUUUUGUAUAUUUACAACAGAAAUCAUAGGAAGUAUAUUUUCAAAGCCAGCAUAUUUUCUAUCUUUUUUUUUCUGGUUAGAUGUAAUAUCAACUGCAUCAAUUAUAUUAGAUAUUUAAUAAAUAAAUACAUAAAUGUUUAGCACUAAAAUUGUUAAUACAGCGUCUUUAGCACGUGCAGGUCGUGCGUCAAGGGUAGGAACAAGAGCAGGAAGAGUUUUUAAAGUAGUAAGACUUAUUAGGAUUAUAAAAUUAUAUAAAUCGGCUUAAGAAUAAAAGUAAAAAGUUACAAAUUAAUUUGAAUAAGAAUUAGAAAAAAAGAAAAAAAAAAUUUAAGAAAAAUAUAAACUAGUGAAUAUGGAAAAUGAAAUUUUUCAAAAUAAUAAUAAUUAAACAAUUAAUAAAGAUAAUCAUAAAAAUAAUAAAAAUAAAGAAGUAAAUAAAAAUUAAGAAUAAUAAUAAAAUAUAAAAACUCAAUAAAAUGCGAUAGAAUUACAAAAAAAUCAAUCAGAAAAUGAAUUAAAUAAUAUAUAUGAAACAAAUUUAAAAGAAUCUAGAGUAAGUAAAAAAUUAUCUGAUUUAACAACAAAGCGGGUUAUAAUAAUUGUAUUAUUAUUAUUAUUUAUAAUGCCUUUAUUUUCCGCGGAUUAUUUUUAUGAUCUACCAGCCAGUUUAGAUUUUUAAAUUGAAUAAUUUUUAUUAAUGACUUAUUAAAAAACAUGUACUCAUGAAGAUAUCAAAUAAAGUUUUGAUAAUAUAAUUAUUUUAAUGAGUAAUUUAGACAAUCCAUUAAUUUAUUUUAAAACUCCUUUUUAGUUCACAAAUUUUUAUAAAGAUUAAAAUUUUGAAUCUUUAAGAUUAUAGGAAAAAAUACCUUAUGCAAUUUAUUUUGAUGUAAAUUUGUAUUCUUAAAGUCAUCCAGAAGAUAUUGAUACUAUUUAUUAUCUAAAAGGACUUUCUAAUGAUGAAUUAUAUUUUGAAGCUUUUUUAAGUUCCAGAAAGACUGCUUUUUUCGCUUCAGCCCUUUCUUUGGGAAGAACCGUUUUCGUUUGUAUUGUUUUGACUAUGGCUGCUCUUUUGUUUUCAAAAGACGUAAAUGAUUUGGCCUUAAGACCCAUAGAAAGAAUGAUUGAAAAGGUAAAUUAAAUAGCAAGAAAUCCAAUAAGUGUCAAAGAUUAAGAACUUAUUAUGAACUUGGAUGAUUAAUAUGAAACCACUAUUAUUGAAAAUGCAAUUAUUAAAAUUGGAACAUUACUUGCACUGGGUUUUGGAGAAGCUGGAAGUGAAAUUAUUGGAAGUAAUAUGGCUAAAUUAGGUGAUAUAGAUCCUAUGAUUCCUGGAAAAAAAAAAUAUGCGAUUUAUGGAAUUUGUGACAUUAGAAAUUUUACUGAUGCAACAGAAGUUUUAUAAGAAGACGUUAUGCUUUUUGUUAAUAAUAUUGGUGAAAUAGUACAUUCAAUGGUCGAUAGAUAUAUGGGUGCAGCAAAUAAAAAUAUAGGAGAUGCGUUUCUUUUAGUUUGGAAAAUUCCAGAAGAUAAAUAUAGCUUUGUUUCUGAUAAUAUUAUUAAAUAUGAAGAUUAUGAGUAUUUAAGUAUGUAUGCAGAUUUUUCAUUAAUAUCUUUUAUGAAAAUCCAUUGUAAAUUAAACCGAGAGCCUAAGAUAUUAGCUUAUAGAUCGGAUAAAAGAUUAAAUAGAAGAAUGCCUAAUUACAAAGUAAAAAUAGGAUUUGGUUUACAUAUUGGAUGGAGUAUAGAAGGUGCUAUUGGUUCAGAAUUUAAAAUUGACGCUUCUUAUUUAAGCCCAAAUGUAACAAUGGCUAAUAGAUUAGAGGCAGCUACAAAAUCAUAUGGGGUUCCUAUAUUAAUUUCUUCAGAUAUACAUGAUUUGUUUUCUGAAAGAAAAUGGGAUUUGGCAGUUAAACUUUUCGAAGAAGCAAUAUUAUUAAAACCUGAAGAUUGUCCAACUAAAAAUAAACUUAAAUUUAUUAGAGAAUAUAAUGGAAUAUGUCCGAAGGAUUGGAAUGGGCAUUAUGUAUUUAAUGAAUGA